AUGUUUUGCCAGAUCAUAAAUUCCUUUUUAAAAUCAUCAAGAGUUAAUGUAAAUAAUUUAUCGUUAUCUAUUCGUAAUUCUUACCAUUUACCAAAUUUGAUUAUCAGAAAGGGAUUUAAAACCAAGAUAAUUGUAUCAUCAAAAACCAAAAAUUCAAAGCAUGGCAAAAAUUUUGAUGAGAAAUUUGAUUAUAAUAAAGAUUAUAAAUUUAAUAUAUUUGAUGAUAAAAUAAAUGUUGAAAAAAAUCAUUAUAAUUCAAGAAAUAAUCAUUCUAAUGAGUCUAAAAGAAAUUCAUUUUCAAAAAAUAAUGAUGUCAAAAAUGUAUCAUACAAUCAUGAUAAACGUGGAGCUUUAAUGCAACAUCAGAAUCAAGAAGACAAUCUUUAUCAUACGCGGGAACUAAGACCAAUGAAAUCUUCUCCACAUUUGGAUAAUCGAGAAACAAAUUCAAUUGAUACUUCAUCUAGUGAAAAUGUUUCAAUUCGAAAAAAAUCGACACGUACGCGUGAACAAAUAUCAAUGCAUUCUUCUUCACGCUUUGAUAAUCAAGGAACAUAUUCAAAUAAUAUUUUAUCUAAUGAAAAUGUUUCAACUCGAAACAAAUUAACGCGUACACGUGAACCAAUAUCAACUCAGUCUUUUUCAUACUUGGACGAUCAAGAAAUAUAUUCAGAUAAUACCAGUAAUGAUGAUAAAUAUUCGUCAUCUAUUGGAAACGUUUCAAUUUAUAAUGACAAGACAUCGCAGCAAAACAGAUUAACGUCUCCUUCGCGUUUGGAAGAUCAAGAAACAUAUUCAAAUAAUACUAGUGAUGAUGAUAAAUGUUUGUUAUCUAGAGAAAAGGUUUCAAUUCAAGAUGACAAGACUCGAUAUAAAAACAAAUCAAACCAUGAAAAUAACCUUCGUGAAAAUAAAAGCAAAAUAAAAGAGUCUGAGAAUGCAAAUGAAUCAGACGACAAAAUUAGUACAGAAGAAAUUAUCGGAUUGCCAUUACAAAAAUUAACAAGGAAACAGAGGCAAAGGAUACAUAAUAAACCAAAAGAUAAAGAGAAAAUUUAUAAUAACUAUAUUAAAGUGAAUUUUAAAUUACUGGAAGACUUCCCUAAAUGGUUGAGAGGAUUAAAAUUACAAAAAUUUAUACCGAUUUUCAGUGGAAUGCAUUGGACAAAAAUCAUUAAUUUAACGUGGGAAGAACUAGAAGCGAUGGGUGUUUAUCAAUAUCAAGUUAAGAAAAGAUUAUUAGUGUCGUUUGAGAACAUUAAAAAAGCUGGGAAAGAACGAAAAGAAAAUUAA